AUGGCUACUAGAAACGCGAAUCAUGGCGGCGGCGGCGGCGCCGGAAACAAAGGUGGAGGUGGGUGGGUGCAGCAGGAUGUCGCUUGGGCGCCCGGCAACGGCGGUUGGGGAGACGGAGAGGAGGAGGAGCUUCGGGAGGGGGCGGGGCAGACCCUGGUGCAUGAGACCCACGCCCCGAAGAGGAUCUCGCACAUCCAGUUCGGCCUUCUGGACGCAGAGGAAGUGGAGCGCAUGAGCGAGUUCCAGGUGUGGUCGCGAGAGCUGUUCAAGAUGCCCGAGAGGAUUGCCGCCCCUAACGGCUGCCUUGACCCGCGGUUAGGGGUGUCGGACAAGACUGCAGUUUGUGAGACGUGCAGCAAGCUGCUGGUUGACUGCGCCGGCCACUACGGCCACAUCAAGCUCGAGCUGCCCGUGUUCCACAUCGGGUACUUCAAGCAUACCCUCACCAUGCUCCAGUGCAUCUGCAAGACGUGCAGCCGAGUGUUGCUGCACGACGCGUCUCGGGUCAAGUACCUCAAGCGCAUGCGGAACCCGCGGGGGAUGGGUGCGUUGGAGAGGGGCAAUCUUCACAAGAAGAUCGUCACAGAGUGCAAGAAGUCCACCAGCUGCUUCCACGAGUCUUGCUACGCCGUCAACGGAACCGUAAAAAAGGUUACCGGAUCCCAGACGUUAAAGCUCGUUCACGACCGCUUCAAGGGCAAGCCGCCGGGGAACGUGCUGCAAGAGCUGACGGCGGACAUGAAGGUGGCGGCUCAGGCGAACCGGGAGAUUCCGAAGCACCUGGGCAUGGCGAUGGAGGAUCUCUCGGCCCUUAGGGUGCUUCACCUUUUCCAGCGCAUGACGGAUGAAGACGCGGAGUUGCUUUGGAUGGACGCCAGGGUCGGCAGGCCCGAAAACUUGAUCAUCGAGAACCUGCUCGUUCCUCCAGUGCCGAUCCGACCGUCGGUGGCAAUGGACCUCGGCGGCGGCAGCAACGAAGACGAUCUCACGGUCAAGCUCCAGGAGAUAAUAGACGUAAACGUCUCCGUUAAGGCUGCUUUGGACAACGGCGCCAACGUCAAGAUGAUCAUGGAGAACUGGGACUUUCUGCAGCUCGAGGUGGCACAGUACAUCAACGGCGAGAUGCCGGGACUCCCCAGACCGAUCCAAACGACCAAGCCGAUCAGAGGGUUGUGCCAGAGGCUGAAGGGGAAAAGCGGUCGAUUCAGAGGAAACCUGUCAGGAAAACGUGUGGAUUUCUCGGCGCGUACCGUUAUCUCCCCGGACCCUAACCUCCGUGUGGAUCAGGUCGGGGUGCCUGAGAGGGUGGCCAAGAUCAUGACCUUCCCCGAGAUGGUCUCGCGAUACAACAUCGAAAAGCUUCGCAAGGUGGUGAGGAACGGGCCCGACGUGCACCCAGGAGCUAACCAGGUGCGGCUGGAUGGAGGCGACGGUUUCGUGAAGAAGCUGUUUAUCGAGCACGUUCGGGAGCAGCUGUCUGAGGAGCUCAAGAUCGGAGAUAUCGUAGAGAGGCACAUGGAGGACGGAGACGUGGUUCUGUUCAACCGGCAGCCGUCCCUGCACAAGAUGUCCAUCAUGUCCCACAGGGCAAAGAUCAUGCCAUGGCGGACGUUCCGGUUCAACGAGUGCGUCUGCUCGCCGUACAACGCCGAUUUCGACGGGGACGAGAUGAACAUGCACCUCCCACAGACGGAAGAGGCGAGGGCGGAGGCUUCCCAGCUGAUGGCGGUGCCGUACAACCUGGUCACACCGAGAAACGGCGAGCCCUUAGUCGCGGCCACGCAGGACUUCCUCACAGCGGCCUACCUCAUCACCCAGAGGGACAUCUUCUUCGACCACGAGACCUUCUGCAAGGUGGCGUCGUAUAUGGGGGACGCUGGGGAACACGUGGACAUCCCGCCUCCGGCCAUCAUGAAACCCGUCGCUCUGUGGACGGGCAAGCAGGCGAUGUCCCUCAUGGUGCGACCUUCCAAGGAAAACAAGAUCCUGGUCAAUUUCGAGAGCAAGGAGAAGAACUACAAAGGAAACCGCUUCCUGUGUCCAAGCGAUGGCUACGUCUGCUACCACAACUCUGAGCUCAUGUGCGGCAACCUGGCGAAGAAGACCCUGGGUGACGGGUCGAAGACGGGGCUGUUCUACACCCUCAUCCGAGAGCACGGUCCUCUCGAGGCGGCGAGGUGCAUGAACCGGCUGGCGAAGGUCUGCGCUCGCUACCUCGGUGGACACCGAGGGUUCAGCAUCGGCAUCGAGGACGUCACCCCCGGCGCCGAGCUAUCGGCGCUGAAGCACGAGCUCCUAACCGAUGGCUACACGGAGGCCGAUGAACAGAUUCGGCUCUUCAACAACAACAGGAUGCCCCUGAAACCGGGCUGCGAUGCCAUCCAGUCGCUAGAGAGUGAGCUGAACGGGCUUCUCGGCAAGCUUCGAGAGACUGCGGGGACAGGGGCCAUGAAGGCCUUGCCUUGGGUUAACAGCCCCCGUAUCAUGGCCGAGUGCGGGUCCAAGGGGUCUCCGCUCAACAUCUCCCAGAUGAUUGCCUGCGUGGGGCAGCAGUCGGUGGGGGGCAAGCGCAUCCAGAACGGGUUCGUGAACAGGACGCUGCCGCACUUCGAGGCCAACAGCCUGUUCCCUGCGGCCAAGGGCUUUGUGGCGAACAGCUUCUACAGCGGACUCACGGCUACCGAGUUCUUCUUCCACACCAUGGGGGGCCGAGAGGGGUUGGUUGACACGGCUGUCAAGACCGCAGAGACUGGGUACAUGGCCCGGCGGCUGAUGAAGGCGCUGGAGGACCUGAGCAUGCAGUACGACCGCACGGUCAGGAACAGCGAGCAGACCAUCAUCCAGUUCGUCUACGGGGACGAUGGGCUGAACCCUUCCUGCAUGGAGGCCAACAUGCGCGUCAAGAUCCGAGGGGCGGACGACUUCCUGGAUGUCGGGCAGCCGGUGGACUACGCCAAGCUCAUGACGCAGGUCACCUCCACCAACCUCUUCCUCCACGAGAAGACGCUGUCGCCGAAGGAACUCAGGCAGCUUUGCAACAGGGUCCUGGCGGGGAAGGAAUUCCAACAGAUUUUGCCCCAGGGUCAGCGUUGGACGGAAGAGCUCAAGCAGUAUCUCCAGGACCUGGUGACCACGCGCAAGGGGCUCCGCGAAGGGUUGCGCCUGCCCACAGAGGCACCGGCGACUGCGGUGGGGACGGCUGCUUGGAGAGCCGAAAAGCUCGGACCAGCGGGGUCCGCCAAGUUCAAGGACUGGUGGGAGUUCGCCGGGAUCGAGGGCACGCCGGAGGAAUCGGAGGCGGGAGAGCUUGUUGUGUCCAACACCUGCCGCGUGACGGCGUCCCAGGCUAAAGAGUUUCUUCGCCGCUGUUUGGACAAGUACAAGAGGGCUCUGGUCGAGCCAGGAGAGGCAAGCCUAUCGCGGGUAGGAGCAAUCGGAGCACAGAGUAUCUCGGAGCCGGGUACCCAGAUGACCCUCAAGACUUUCCACUUCGCCGGCGUUGCCAGCAUGAACGUAACGCUCGGGGUCCCCCGGUUGAAGGAGAUCAUCAACGCCUCCAAGAACAUCAGCACGCCGAUCAUCACGGCUAAGCUCGUGCAGGACGACAGCAAGACGUCGGCCAGGGUGGUCAAGGCCAAGAUCGAAAAGACCACUCUUGGGCAGGUGGCGGUGUACAUGAAGGAGGUGUUCUCCGCUUCGGAGUGCUUCAUCGCCAUAAAGCUGGACAUGCACGCCGUGCAAGACCUGCACCUGGACAUCAACGUUCACACCGUGCGGCACUCGAUCCUCAAGGGCAACUUCGGCGAGACAAGACCGAGGGUGCUCAGGGACCUCAAGCCGCAGAACGUGGUCAUCUCGGGCGGCGGACAUAAGAUCAAGGUGAUGCCGCCAGAGCUGUCGGGCGCCAAGAGCGCAAGGGCAGCGGAGACGGUGCGACCCAAGACGUUCUUUGUUCUCCAGGCCCUCAAGGCCGUGCUGCCCGGGGUGAUCGUCCAAGGCAUCCCCUCGGUAAACCGCGCCGUCAUCAACGUGCAGGAGAACUCCUCCGGCGCUGCCUCAGGAGCCGCGCCCAAAGAGAGGUACCAUCUGCUGGUGGAAGGGUACGGGCUUGCUGCUGUGAUGGGAGCGCCCGGCAUCGACGGUACUAGAACCAGGUCUAACCACAUCAUUGAGGUGUUCCACACGCUGGGCGUGGAAGCGGCUCGGAUCAUCAUUUCGGAGGAGAUCACGUACAUCAUGAAGGCUUACGGUAUCUCCAUUGACCGACGGCAUCUACUCUUGCUGGCAGACGUCAUGACCUUCAAGGGUGAGGUGCUGGGCAUCACGCGGUUCGGGGUGUCAAAGAUGCGCGAGUCGGUGCUGAUGCUGGCGUCCUUCGAGAAAACCACGGACCACCUCUUCGACGCCUCCGUUCACGGCAGACACGACGCCAUCGUUGGUGUCAGCGAGUGCAUCAUCAUGGGGAUCCCGAUCCCCUUGGGCACGGGACUGUUCAAGCUUCUCAUGAACGAAGACAAGAUCAAGCCCCCACCUACGCCGGAACUACUGGUUGGAUAA